AUGCAAUCCACCGGAAUUCUAAGCUCAGCUGCCGUCGAAGCUACUUCACCAUUGAAUCAUCAUCAUCCAGGUUCUUACCAGGCACAACGAGUGUUUGAUGGACAGAGAUACAAAGAUGGGUUCAGGCAGAAAGGAUAUGGCUGUGAACAACAGGUUUACGAGACUGCGUAUGAAGACCGAGCCAAGUAUGAAACUAUGGCUAGCGAGAACAACUCAAAUAAGAAAAGAAUGUUGUUCUUAGAUGGUGUUCGAAUAUGCAACGGAAUCGAGGUUAAGCAGCCUAACUCUGUGAUCGGUAAGUGUGCUAGAGUACAACUUAUCAAGAAUGGAAAGAAGGACGAGUUCUUUAUUUCUGGAUUUGGUCGUAAGAGUCAUGCUGUAGGAGAUAUUCCUGGAGUUAGGUACAAGGUUGUCAAGGUUUCUGAUGUUUCAAUUUCAACUCUCUACAAGGGAAAGGAGCAGCCAAAGUCUUAA